UUUACUCCUCGUGCUUGACAACAACAUGGCAAGUCAUUCAGAUUUCUCGAGCUUAAUAGGAAGACUUACCAACACAAAUACUAACGAUCAAAGAAUUGGAUGCAAGAAAUGUGGCUAUCCUGGUCACCUGACUUUUCAAUGCCGUAACUUCAUUCAAACUGACCCCCAGAAAGAUGUCAUAGUUGAUGUUAGCAGUACAUCAAGCGAAGACAGUGAUAAGGAGGUGUCCGUGUCUUCAACAUCUUCACUUACUUCAAGUUCAGAAGAUGAAAAAGUGAAGGCUCGCUUAAAGAAGAAAAAGAAAGAAAGAACAAACAAAAGAAAUCAAAGAUUAGAAAGGAGGGGWGACAGCUCAGAUAGUCUUGAAAGAGCUCUACGACAAAGAGAUGUACCAAGACAACACGCUCCUUCCCAGUCUCCUCCACAAAAACGAUCAAAAAAGUAUGAUACAAACUCUGAUGAAUCUGAUUCAGAGAGUGAUGACAAAAGUAAAAGAAAGCACAGACCAAAAUACAAGCRAAGAAAACACUCAAAAAAAUCAAGGAAAUAUGACUCAGAUUCAAAAGAUUCUGAUCAUGACAGUGACAGUGAAGAGGAAAGAUCACAGAAAUCAAAGCAGAGGCACAGUAAACCCAAACACAAAAGAAAGCACAAAAAAGAAAAAUCAAAAAAGAAGAAAACUAAAAGAAAAUCAAAGAAAGGAGAGUCUGAUUGACAGCAWGACACAAGAGGAAUAAAAGUUCUGCAUGUCAAAACCAAGUAAUCAAGUUUGGAUAAUUAUGAG